AUGUCGGCAGGUCUUGCCCACGAUGGGCACGAUGCCUCCAGCAGGGACGAGAACGCCUAUGUCGACGAAAAAGUCGGUGACGCCACCCACAUUGAUGCAGCAAAUAACAAGGUUCUGGCCGACUCGGAUCUCAUGAACGAUGCCUUUGACGGCGAGAACGAGGAGCACAACCAGGGUCUGUGGCAGGCUGUCAAGACGCAUCCCAAGGCUUGUUUCUGGGCCUUUAUCAUGUGCUUCACCAUUGUCAUGGAAUCUUUCGACAUGUUCCUGAACGGCAAUUUUGUUGCCCAAAAAGCCUUCCAGGAUAGAUACGGAGUAGAGGUUGCUGGCGGCGGCAAGGCCAUCGAGACGAAAUGGCAGAGCGCCCUCUUCCAGGCCGGCCAGUGUGGUGCCUUUGUGGGCGUCUUCCUCGCCGGCCCCGUCGUCAACCGCCUCGGAUACCGCCUGGCUACCAUGGUGGCGUUGGUCAUGAUGAACGCCACCAUCUUCAUCUCCUUCUUUGCCAACUCCCUCGAAGUCCUCACCAUCGGUCAAGCAUUUGAGGGUGUGCCAUGGGGUUUCUUCAUCGCCAUUGGCCCGGCUUACGCCUCUGAGAUUGUACCUCUUGCUCUCCGUGGUGCCUGCACGGCUACCCUGCAGAUGAGUUGGUCCAUCGGUUCCAUCAUCGUCGCCGGCGCAACUCUGGGCUUCAACAGCCGAACAGAUGAGUGGGCGUGGCGUGCGCCUCUCGCUCUGCAAUGGAUCUUCCCCCUCCCCCUCAUGGUUAUCCUCUGGUUCGCCCCCGAGUCUCCCUGGUGGCUCAUCCGCCGUGGCCGCAAGGAGGAGGCCCUGCGCUCCAUCCAGCGCCUCGGCCCCUCCAACGGCACUGCCGGCCAGGCCCAGCGCAAGCUUGCCAUGAUUGAGCGUACCGUCGAGAUUGAGGCCAACAUCGGCGGCACCCCUACCCUCCUGGACCUCUUCAAGGGGGUUGACCUCAGACGAACCACCAUCACCUGCUUGAUGUACGCGUCACAGAACUUUGCUGGUAACUUGAUUGCCAACCAGGCUACCUUCUUCUUUGAGCAAGCCGGCAUAGCCCAUGACAUGGCCUUCAACCUCAACCUCAUCAACUCCUGCCUCCAAUUCGUCGCAAACGCCCUCUCCUGGCCCCUGACCGCCUGGUUCGGCCGCCGCACAAUCUACCUCUGUGGCACAGCUGUCAACGUGACCCUCCUCAUGAUCCUCGGCAUCUGCGCCUCGAUCCCCCAAAACAACGGCACAAACUACGCCCAAGCCGUUCUCGGUAUCCUCAUCUCCUUCGUAUUUGCCGGUACCCUCGGUCCCAUCUCUUACACCAUCAUCGCCGAGACCUCGGCUGUCCGCCUCCGCGCCCUCAGCACCGCCGUCGGCCGCGCCGCCUACUACGUCGCCGAGAUCCCCAUGAUCUACCUCUCCUCUCAGCUGCUCAACCCCACGGGCUGGAACGUUGCCGGAAAGUGCGGCUUCGUCUGGGGCGGUACGGCUGUUGUGUGCUGGGUUAUGGCCUUCUUCUUCCUGCCUGAGCUUAAGCACCGCUCGUACCGUGAGGCUGAUAUCCUCUUCAACCGCAGGAUUCCUGCACGCGAGUUUAAGUCCACUGUCAUCAACGUUACGGAUAACGAGUAA